GGUUUGGCCCGCGUUUAGUUAAAUUUGGUGAUUUUGAAUUUUUUAAUUGUCAAAAUGAACCUUUCGCAACCUCUGAAGGAGUCUAGUACAGCUGAGUUUCUACAAGAAGACUACUUAACAAGUCAGGCUUCGUUGCUACGAAAUUUUCAACCCAUGGAAUUCUUUUCCGAACUGUUUCAGACAGUAGACAACGUUUUAUGUGACUGUCUAGACUCGUUGAAAGCCAGUUUGGACGAAAAGUGUUUCCCUACACAAUACCAGCUAGAUAUUGAAAAAGGCAUUCAAGCUUUACAAUACUGUCUGGUCGAAGAAGGUGACUAUCAAUUUGAUCUUUUAGAAUUGUUCUCUCUUUAUAAUAUCUUCCGAAUUCCCUCCAACUUGGAUAAUAUGCCUCCGAGUUUGACAUAUUCUUACGACUGUCCCGACAUUGAACCAUCGAAGACGUUAGAUGACGAUUUAGAGGAGACCGUGAGAGAAAUAAAGUCUCUAAGAUAUUGUAAGAAACGACUUGAACGAGAGCUAAGGCUAUUAAAUUCUGAUUUGAAUACUUUCGAUGUGAUAAGACUGCUCGUUCAAAGGGUUGCCAACGAAAGGCCUUCAUUCUUGGCUCAAAACGACCUACAGACAACUAUGAAUGAUUUGAAAAAUAUAUUGAAGAGUUCUGAACAGAGCAUUAAGUUGAAACAACAAAUUGAAAGGACAUGGGUUUCAUCAGUUGAUGAGAUGCCACCUCUAACAAAUCCUCGUUUGGAGUUGGACGUUUCGGAUGUGUCCUUGGCAGAUAUACAGAAAAUGACUUUAAAGUUGAAACAUCAAUUUUGACUAGAGCAAAAUCUCUCAAAAUUCCACAGUAUAAAACAACGAAAUACUUC